UUGUACUAUGACGGUACUCACUACGUGGGAGAAAAACGUUUCGAAACCAUGGAACUGCUCGUAGCAGAUGGUUUGAUCUCAAUGUUCAUGGAUAAACAUGCUUCAGAUUACAUAAAGCGAAUGGCUGACGAAGCCAUAUAUGAGCAAAGUCCUUACAUGCAAUAUACGAAAAGCACGGAACGAAAAGCACCUGUAGCCAGAUCGCAUAGUUUUACACAACAUACAUUCAAAAUGCCUCAUUAUUGCGAUUACUGUAGGAACUUUAUGUGGGGUUUAGUGCAGCAGGGAGUACGAUGCGAGGACUGUGGCUUUGCUGCUCACAAACGAUGCUCGGAGCAUACGUUGCCUGAUUGCCGACCUGAGGCCCGAUAUGUGAAGAGAAUGUUUGCAGUGGAUCUCACUACUUUAUGCCUGGCACAUUCAACACCGAUACCACCAGUUGUGACCAAAUGCAUUCAAGAGGUAGAAGCUCGCGGACUCAACGUAGAGGGUAUAUAUCGAGUGUCUGGGUCACACGACCACAUGGAAAAAUUGAAAAGGCAGUUUGAUUCGCAACAAGCAGUGGACGACAUUCAUACCGUAUGCGGUUUACUGAAACUGUACCUGAGGUUGCUACCGCAGCAACUUGUCCCAUUCAGCGUUUAUAAAGCUCUGCUCUCAGCUUUCGCGAAUGCACGA